CGCGCAAAGGAAAAAAGGUUGGCUGAGAAAGGAUAGAGAGAGAAAAGAAAAGUACUCAGAGACGUUCUCGGAUUUGAAACACCACUCUUCGCCGGAAUUUGGGAUUCCAUUUCAAGUCCGGCUCCUGGGUUUUUUUUUUUCCUAUUUUCUAACUUCUUCCAGAUUCUCUAGUAUAGAAGAAGCAAACAAAGAAACACGAGAAAAUAUUAGGGCUUUUCAUAAAAUUUGGGAAUUGUGGCAAUUAGGGGUUUUUGUUUUCCCCUUUUCGGUUUUUUUUUACUUGAAUUUUAAGACUAUCUGAGGGACGAAUUGGGGAAUUCACCAAAUGUUUACGCCGCAGAGGAAGGUUUGGUCGGGUCGGUCGUUGACGCCAUGGAAGAAAGUGGACGGGUCAGUUUCGGAUCCAAACUCCAACGGGGUUGUUGUGGGAAAAGGGAAAGCAGCGGCUUUUGUUGAGUCAGUGACUCCUGAUGGGAACGACCUCGGGUCAGAGGACCAGGAAGGAGUGCCCGAGAAAGUUUUAAGACUCGAAAAUGAGCUUUUCGAAUACCAAUACAAUAUGGGGCUUCUCUUGAUUGAAAAAAAGGAGUGGAUAUCUAAGCAUGAAGAACUCAAUCAGGAAUUGAUGGAAGCAAAGGAUGCUCUCAAACGGGAACAAGCGGCUCAUUCAAUUGCAAUAAAUGAUGUUGAGAAGCGUGAAGAGAAUUUGAUGAAGGCCCUUGGUGUCGAGAAGCAGUGUGUGCUUGAUCUUGAUAAAGCCUUACGAAACAUGCGUGCAGAGAAUGCAGAAAUCAAGUUUACAGCUGAUUCAAAACUUUCUGAAGCAAAUGCUUUGAUUGCCAGUGUUGAAGAGAAAUCCUUGGAGGUGGAGACAAAAUUGCGUGCAGCUGAUGCCAAGCUUGCAGAAGUGAGUAGAAAGAGUUCACAGAUUGAGAGGAAGUCGCAGGAGUUGGAGUCCCGUGAAAAUGUACUUCGGAGGGAACGCCUCUCCUUUAUUUCAGAGCAAGAAGCACAUGAGAUCACUAUGUCCAAACAGAGGGAGGAUUUGUGGGAAUGGGAAAAGAGAUUGCAAGAUGCAGAAGAGAGGUUGGCCAAAUCCCAAAGAUAUGUCAACCAAAGAGAGGAGAGAGCAAAUGAGAAUGAUAGACUCUUGAAGCAAAAGGAGAAGGACCUUGAAGAGGCACAAAAGAAAAUUGAUGCUGCCAACCAAACUUUGAAGGAGAAAGAAGAUGAUAUAAACAGCAGGCUAACAAAUCUAACUUUGAAAGAAAAGGAAUGGGGUGUUGUGAAAGAGAAGCUAGAGAUGAAGGAGAAGGAGUUACUUGUCUUUGAAGAAAAGUUGAAUACCAGAGAGAAGGCCGAGAUUCAGAAGCUCAUGGAUGAUCAUAAUGCCAUUCUGGAUGAGAAGAAGCGCAAAUUUGAUCUGGAAAUUGAUGAAAAGAGAAAAUCCUUAGAUGCAGAUUGGAAAAGCAAGGUGAUUGAAGUUGAGAAGAAGGAAGCUGAAGUAAAACACAUGCAAGAAAAGGUUUCUAAACAAGAGCAGGCAUUAGAUAAUAAAUUGGAGAAACUAAAGGAGAAAGAAAAGGAACUCGAAUUAAAAGUGAAAACCCAGAAGGAAAGGGAGAAGACCAUCAAAUCUCAGGAUAAGGAUUUGGAGAUUGAGAAGCUGCAGAUGGUUGCUGACAAGGAAGAACUUUUGAGUCUUAAGGCUGAAGUUGAGAAGAUAAGGACUGCAAAUGAAGAAAAACUACAAAAGAUACAUGAGGAGACAGAUAGGCUCAGGGUAACUGAAGAAGAGCGUUCCGAGUAUCUUCGCUUGCAAUUGGAAUUGAAGGAAGAAAUAGAGAAAUGCAGGCUUCGAGAAGAACUACUGUUGAAGGAAGCUGAGGAUUUGAAACAGCAGAAGGAUAAUUUUGAAAGAGAGUGGGAGGAGCUAGAUGAGAAAAGAAUAAAAAUUGAGAAAGAGUUGAACAGUAUUAGCCAACAGAAAGAGAAAUUUGAAAAACAAAACCUUGCUGAAGAGGAAAGGUUAAAGAAAGAGAAGCAAGUAACUGAUGACUAUAUAAAGAGGGAGCUGGAAGCUCUUGAAGUUGCCAAAGAAACUUUUGCUGCCACCAUGGAACAUGAGCGGUCAGUUAUCGCUGCGAAAGCUGAAAGUGAGAGAAGCCAAAUGCUUCAUGACCUUGAGCUUCUGAAAAGAAAACUCGAGAUUGAUAUGCAAAAUAGACUUGAGGAAAUGGAAAAGGAAUUAGGAGAGAGAAAAAAGUCAUUUGAGGAAGAAAAAGAGAGAGAACUAGACAGUAUUAACUAUUUAAGAGAGGUAGCUAGGAGAGAAAUGGAAGAGUUGAAACAGGAAAGACUCAAGAUAGAAAAAGAAAGGCAAGAAGUUAAUGCCAGUAAGAUGCAUCUUGAAGGACAGCAAAUUGAAUUACGAAAAGACAUCGAUGACCUUGUGGAACUCAGCAAGAAGUUGAAGGACCAAAGAGAGCAACUUAUCAAGGAGAGAAACCGCUUUAUUUCAUUUGUUGAGAAACUUAAGAGUUGCAAGAAUUGUGGUGAAAUUACCUCUGAGUUUGUGCUUUCUGAUCUACGAUGUCUACAGGAAAUAGAGAAUGAGGAAGUCUUUCCUCUCCCUACUUCAGCAGAUGAGUAUAUCAGUGGAAAUGUUUUUGGAAAUUUGGCUGCAUCUGAGAGGCAGAAGGAUGAGAUGUCUGCACCUGUAGGUUCAGGUUCUCCAGUUUCUGGUGGAACCAUGUCAUGGCUUCGUAAAUGCACCUCAAAAAUAUUCAAAUUCUCUCCCAGUAAGGACAGUGGACCUCAUGCUAUUGCAAAACUGAAUAUGGAGGCCCUGCUCUCUGGUCAAAAAGAUAAUUUGGAAGGCACAUCAAAAACUGAACAUGAGCCGGAGCUCUCUUUUGCUGCUGCAACCACAUCUUUGGAUAUUCAUGGGGUCCAAUCAGACUCCAGCAGAAGAAAUGUUGAUGUUGGUCAUGACCUCUCAGUUGAUAAUCAGAGCAACAUGGAAAGUAAGGAACAGGAAGUGCAUGGAGAUUCUCAGAGUUCUGAUUUGAAUCGUGGAAAGCAGGUUCACAAGAGAGGCAAGCCUAGAGCUAAAAGAACACGCUCUGUGAAGGCAGUUGUCAAAGAUGCUGAAGCUAUUAUUGGGAAAACCUUAGAAUCAAAUGAACUUGAGCAUCCUGAUGAAAGCAGGGGUGAAUCUGGUCUUGCUGAUGGGAGAGCAACUAGAAAUGCAAGGAAGCGGAAUCGUGCUCAAACAUCUCAAACUCAAACAGCAGACACUGAGCAAGAUGGUGAUGACAGUGAAGGACGUUCUGAUAGUGUUGUGGGGGGCCAGCGAAGAAAGAAGCAUCAAAAAGUGGUUCUGGCUAUGCCAAUACCUGGCGAGAAAAGAUAUAAUCUCCGACGGCUCAAAAUUGGGGUCACAGUUGCUAAAGAUACAGCAGAUCAUGUUAACAACUCUGAAGCUCCCGUGCCUGCGGGUGAAAAUGGAGAUGCAAGUGAGAAUGGUGGCGCGGACUUUCUGCAGCAGUCUGAAACAGCUCUUGACGCUAAGGAUGAUGAUGCUGGUACAACCAAAAAAUUGGAUCCGCAUACAGCAUUAAGUGAAGAGGUGAGUGGCACACCCAAAGGGGUUGGUGAGUAUGGAGAUGGUAAUGACUACAAAAGUGAGUCGCGUAGUGAAGGGCUGAAAGGUGAUGGUGAGGAUGAUGGAGAUGAAGAUGAGGAGGAUGAAGUUGAGCAUCCUGGCGAAGUCUCUAUAGGAAAGAAGCUUUGGAAUUUUUUCACCACGUAAAGAUGUGGAUCUUAUUCCUAGGUUGGCAAUAUCAUUCACGUCUUUGAUUGUAUCAGCUGUUUUAGGUUUGCUGGUAGGAACACCUUGAUCUAGUAGUGUGUAUUAACAAUUUAAAUGUUGUAACCAAGAAAAAAAACACAUUUAUUCAGGAGGGAGAGUGGGUUUUUUUCACCUUUUUUUGGGGGGUUAGGAUUCAGGUCUUGGGCUUUUUUUUUCUUUAUUGUACUUAAGUACUAGUGCUAGAUGAUUUGACGUAGCAAUGAUUGGCUCCUUCAACCAUAUUGUUUGUAUCAAAUAGUACAUGUAUUUUUCAUAUUUGCUGGAAUUAUUGUCCGACUGCUGUGAUCUCAA